AUUCACCAAUUUAACUACAACACAUCAGAAAGAACAUUUGCACUAUCAACAAAACUAAGAAACAAUAAUGUUUAUAUACCAAUACUUAAUAACGGCAGAAACUAAUAUUUAGCCUAAUUUGUCUUACCCUUCCAGGAGAUAUCAUUCAUCAAAACAUAUCCCACAAUGCAAUGCAUCUAUGUGAAAGCGCGCCACCUAUUUUAUCACAUGCUUGCUGCUUUUUCAUGGCUGCCUUGUCUCUGUGUGAAAUCCCAAUUGGACAUCAAAAACUGUCUUGCAAAUUUGGUUUAUACCUGUGACGCACUCAGCCUGUGAAGGAUGGCUAGUACGGAUCCAGUUGAGGAGGAAAUGGGAGACAUCCUAUCAGCCUUCGGAAUCCCAGACCUAGCCAAGCAUAUCAUCCCUAUCCCAUUGCCUCCACUUGACGUCGAUGACGAGGAAACACCGGGUGGAUCCAGGGGGGAUCCAGAGGGGGAGGACCCAGAGAAGGAUCAUCCAAAGAAGGAGAAGGAGAAAGUUGGGGCUGAAGGAGGAGACACCAGCAAGGAUAGAGAUGAGGAUGAAGGAGAUGAUGAUCAAGAUGAGGGUACCAAAGCACAGGAAGCGGAAGAAAUAACGGAUGACAAAGAGAAUCUUGAAGAAGAUAUGGCAAUGGAGACUGAUGAAGGUACAGACAGCAUUACCGAUGUCAGCCAAAAUGAAGAUGAAGCUCCUUCUCAAGACAGGAAAAUAGAAACAUCCAUUAAGCAACCUCAAAAGGCUGUCCCUGAUCUUGGUCUGAAGCAGAGUGUAGCAUCCCUUCAUGAGGAUGAGACAGGUGCCCAAAAGACCUCCUUGAUCAAGGAACUUCUGAAGUCCACUUCCAAACCAGUGAUGACGUCACGGCUUCAAGGUGCUCUUCAACCUCCAGAUACAUCUCUUGAUGUUCCUGAGGAACCGGACAUGGAGGACAACCCAGAGUCUCUGACAUCGGUAGAUGAGUUCAACUCGUUUCUUGAUCGCUAUAAGGAGGGUCGUGAACUGAAGGCAAUGAAGCUGGCAAUGUUGGGAAAGCCCAACAGCGUUGCUACGUACCACUGUCCAGAUCUCACCAAGGAGCAGAUGAAAGUCCUGGACAUGGAUAACACGACUUUCCAGUGUCCUGGUUGCAAUGACACGUACCUCUUCAAGGCGAGCCUGGAUGCCCAUCUGAAUCGUAGGACAGUCCUGGUGACAUUUCGCUGCAAGUUUUGCACAGGGAGAAAAAAUCUUGUCUUCUACAACAAGUGCACGUUCCUUGCUCACCUGCAUUACCAUAACGCGCCUGAAAGUGACAUAGAAAACAUUAAAUCACAAGCUUCCAUUAGUCCUGUGAAUGCCCUGGCCUGUUUGAAGGCAUAUACGAUGCUGACAGCACCAGAGAAGAAAAAGGUAACCGCCAAUAAAUCUAGUGUUGCGAGCCAUGCUGCUUUGAAGAAUCCAUCAACACCAUCUAUUACACAUAGCACCACAACAUCAAAACAGUCUGACACACCUCCAAGUGCAGUAAAAACUCAAGUGAUUAAUAAACCGAGAGCUGUCGUUUUGCACCCUAAAAAUACAAAUCAAUUACAAUUAGUUCAAAAAGAUGGCCAAACUUCUUAUUUGUGUAUGGGAUGUAACGUGAGGUAUGAGAAGAUGAUCCAUCUGAGUAGUCAUUUAGGCAGGUCUGAUCAUGUACCAAAGGCGAAGUAUGGACACAAAGCUUGUCUUCACCAGUGUAAUGUCUGCAAAUUGCUUUUGGGCAAUACCUGUAAGCUCAAGAUGCACAGCAUCAUUCAUAAUGACCAAACAAAACCAAUGCCCUGUCCAGAGUGUGGCUGCCUGUUCACUGAUCUCAAAUCGCUCUUGAUUCAUCAGAACGAUGGAUGCCUUCACUGGAUGACGCGGCCACUCUUCAAGUGCUUCUUCUGCAACAAGUACGCCACCACCUUCCCGGGAUUGGUGAAACACCUCGAGCAGUGCCAUGUUGAGUCCUUCUUCAAGUGUCCCCUUUGCCAGCUGGCCUUCCGCACGAAGCAGUCGGCAAAUGAGCACUCGCUGCAAAUUCAUAAACUGAGUAAUGCCUCGUACAGUCUGCUACGCAAGUGCCCCUUCUGUAAGAGCGUGUACUCAGAGGGAGGCAUGUUAUUGAACCAUUUUGAUGGUCACUUCAAGGAAGGACUCAUUAAGAUCGAGAAGUUUGUGUAUACAUGCCCCUUGUGCAAUAGGCCUUUUGAUUAUAAUUUGGCCUUACUUAAUCACCUGAAAAAUGAGCACGGUAGAUCCAGCACCAACAUGUUCACCUGUGAUUUGUGCCUCUCACCUUUCAGUUCUGUCACCAAUCUCAUGAUCCACAGACAAAGUUGCCAUAUAAAGCCUAAUAAAGAGUUGCGUAACAGUGAGCCAGAGAAGAAGAAUCCUGGCCAGUCUGCGGAAAACACAAUUGUAUGUGGGGAAUGUGGGGAGAAGCUCCCGAAAUUCGACAUGAAUGCCCUCCGAAAGCACAUGUUUGAAAAGCAUGGAGGGCAAGUGAAAGAUAGUCUAGCAAUGCAGAAGAAUAAAGAGGUCACAACUAUUGAUAAAGUACAAGAAGAUGCCAUCAGGCCAAAAGGAUCAGGGGAAUCGGCAAAGGACUCUUCGGUUACCAAGGCGGAGGCCACUAAGGUGACGGUAAGUCGCUUCACCGAUCAGCAGUGUGCCAAAUGUCAGUUCAAAAGCAAAGAUCGACUGGUCUUUGAGAAACACAUCCGAGGGCACAAAGCAGACGAUUCUCUCAACCAAUGUCACGAGUGUGGUCUUUGCUUCACUGUAUCAAUGUCGUUGAAGAAGCAUCUCUUUAUCAAGCAUAAGAUCAAGAACAUGGAUCUCUACAACACCACGUACGAUGAUCUGAUACCGAGAUGGGAAGACGACAUGAAAAAGAAGAAACUUGAGGAGGAGAAAGAGCGGGAAUCCACGAAAUCAGAUAUGAAGGAGGAAGAUGAUGGAAAAGCGCAUCCAGCGUUUGAAGAGAAGGGCAAUGCCGAAGAGGAGAAAGUGGAGGAGAGCAGUCUCUUCAAGUGCAAGGUUUGCAAGGUUGAGUUUGAGAAUGAGAAAGCCCUCACCGUUCACGCGAGGAGCCAUGGGCUGGCUUAUCUGCAACAUACACUCUCUAGGUCCCCGGAGAAAGCGGCACGUAUGCUGAAUUCAAAGCCGGCAGAAUCGUCCCCACAAUCACCGGAGGUUGUAGAAAAGCCAAAGACAUCGCCCGUUGUGAAGCGAAUGCUGCCAUCAGACACUGAUAGUAGUACCUCCAGUGAUGAAGGCAGUUCCAUUGAAGAUCAAAAUGGGAAUUAACUUGUUAGCAUUCCAUUCCAGAUUCCAUUCCUCUUGAUAAAUGUCUAAAGCCUGGCAUACACUAUGCAAUGAUGCGAUCCAAAUUUCAAAGAAAUUUCUAUAACAUUUGAUAUGAACAUUCCAACCAAUAAAAUCUUAGCAAUCAGAAUUGUGAUAAGACUACUGAAAUGUUGAACUUCAAAUAAAAUAAUUUUGUUUCUUGGAAAUAUUUGAUGUAAAAUGUGAUUUAUUUAAAAAUCCUGUCACAUCAGAUUACAUCGUGUGCGUUGGGCUUUAUAUGGAGAUGCUGGAAGAAAUUUUUUGAAAUCGAUUGCAUAUUUCUGGUGCUAGUUUACAAUUGAUUCAUCAUAUUUGUGUAACUACAGCAAAUUGAUCUUUGCUUUUUGUUGCAAGAAACAGACUAGCAAUCAAAUGCAAAUUUUUGUUAUAUAAUUGCCAGCGUUAUGAUUGAUUUUAGGGACCCAGGUUCGACUUGCAAUUGAUGACAAGUUUAUUGCAAUGCCCCAAUAAGGCCCUUAUUCUGAAGUUGGGUUUGGUUUUAUCUCCAGUCUAAAGAUGUGUUUAACGAUGAAUAGCCACUCCUGACACAAAUAACUAUUCGUCAGCUGAUCAGAGUUGAUAUUCAAGUCAUUCAUAAAAUAAUCUUUUUAACAUUAAAGCGUGGAAAAGAAAGAACACAUUAAUCAUUAAAAACAAUAGGCCUAUACAAUGCCAACAAAAUUUUGACAUAUCAUCAUACCAUAUUUUUGUCACCGAGUUGUACCAAAGCCUAUAAUUAAACUAUGGAAUAUGGGCCUAAAUAUUUUAUUCUUUUGUAAGUUAAUUAUCAGUUGUUUAUAUUGAUUCUUUCAGGUACUGGUCAUCCAAAUUGUGUUAAAAUUGGCAAAUUAUGCCAAAUUUUUCAUUUGGGACGGGAUUUUACAUUAAGCCAAUUUUUCCAAAGCCAAUGGACUUAUUUUUGUUAACUUGACAAAUUAUAUUACAUGUAGUGUAGGAUAGAACAACAGAUGUAUUUCUAUUGCUGACUUUAAGUUGGUGCUAUAUAAUAACUUCUGUUUAAUGGGAGAGAGCUAAUUUACUUUUUUUUUAAGUUGUCCAUUGAAAGAUAAAAAAAUGUACCAGAUAUUUACCCGAUUGAUAUACAAUUUUUCUCUGCCUCAAAAAGUUAUAUUUGAGGAUAUUUUGUGAUUUCAAACGUUCUUCAGAUAACGGUUUUAUCAGCUUAUUACUAGGAUCACUCCUAUGGGAAAGUCGUGGUCUAGUGGUUACGACUCUCGUCUUUUAACCCGAGGGACAUGGGUUAGAUUCCAAGGCAUGGCGUAAUUUCCUUCAGCAAGAAAUUUAUUUCUAAUGUGCUGCACUCGACCCAGGUGAGGUAAAUGGGUACCUGGCAGGAAUUUUUUCCUCUGCUAAUGUCAGGGUUAUUAUGCUGCAUUAAUGUAGAGUGCUUAGAGACUUCUGAUAAAGUGUUAAGCACUGUAUUAUUAUUAUUAUAUUCCUCAAUAAUGGCACCAAUAUUUGCAACUUCUCAAAUCUUUAAUAGUGAAUAAACUGGCAACGUUAUUCGCAAUAUGAUCUUUCAAGGUAAAAGAUAUGGCCUGCAAACAAAUACCAAAGUUACUAUCCUAAUGGAGAAAAUGAUUAAAUCCAUGAAAUACAAAUUAUUAUGAAUUAAGAAUUCCAAGUUAUGGUCCAAAUUGACUGGUUUAGCUCCACCAAGAACUGUAUAUUAUCCUCUGUACUAACUUUGCAACUAUCAAGAGAACUUUGGGCAUUCAGUAUUAUGAAACAGAAGAAAAUCAAUUUUUUCAUAUUCUAUUUCUUUGUUAAUGUUAUUAUUUUGUUGAAUCAUUUGAUUUUGAAUGUUUUUUUUUUUAAUUCACAGGGUCGAAGGAAAUAUAGUACCAAAGUGUGACAUCAUCAAUUUUCUUCCUUUUUUUUUUUGCAUUUCAGUAUUUUUAAUGAAAUACUUCAGUAGAAUAUGAUAAAAUACCUUCAAAACCCAAAAUUUGUGGGAAUCGGUCCAUGGUUGGUCAAGACAUGACCUCAUGAAUAGUUGAAUACAUAAGUAGCUCCAUUGAAAUAAAUAUAUUAUUGGCCUGGUUGUAAAUUAUGUUAUGAUCCAGGCCAAUAGUACAUUGACUUUAUAUGGGACUCAUGAUGUAUUCAUGAGGUGAUGUUUUUGGCCCCUCUUGACCAAUUCCCACCGAAUUCAGUCUGUGGGUGUUUUUAUCGUGUCCCGCCCAGGUAUGGUAUAAAAAAUGCAGAAAUACAAAAAAAAUUGUGAUAUCAUCACUUUGGUACUCUAUUAAGUAUACUGAACUGGAGCACAGCGGAUUAUCAUACAAUGGUGUUAAAAAUUUAUUGAACCCCACCUGAAAAUGCACUCCUUCAUGCCGAGUGUUGAAUGGAGACAACAACACUACAAUGUUUGUCAGGCCCAGAGAAACAAACUUUAUUGAAUGUAAUAUUUUAUCACCUGACUUCAAAAUUAAAUAUCUAAAACGUGGCAGAACUUGAAAUAUGUUCAUUUUCUGAUGGGGUUCACCAACUUUAUAACACCACUGUAUACAGGAACUGGUGUAUAUAUAUAUUGGAUUUGUCUCGAUGUAUAUAAUUAUAAGUACAGCACUGAAAUGUUAGUAUAUUCAUAAUGAAUUGUGAAUUCCGAGAUGGGUUUUUUUUGUACAUUUGGAUGGAUUAAGAACCCAGAUGCAUGUUGAAUUAUUUCCAAUAAAGAGGAUUUGUACUUUUAGUUCCAUAUUGAUUAUUUCAAAUACAUAUUCAUUUUGCAUGAAAAUCAAUUGAAGAUGUUCGAAUUUAUGAACAAAAAUUACAUGUUGCUUGAAAAGCACUUUGGCACUUUUAUGUUAGAGAUUGUCCUUGUCAUUUAUUAUUUUGCUUAUUCUUCGGCUAUCAUAACUGAAAGUGCCUUGUUAGCUAUAUAGCAAAUUUGUGAUUGCCAUGUAUUUACAACUACAUUUAUUUAGUGUAUUAUUUGUAUAUCUGUUUACCACUAUGGUAUGUAAUAUUGAUUUAUUCCUACUGGUUUUUGUUUCAACAAAGUGUAUUAAGAGAGAGCACAUUUCAAGGCUCCAUGUAUCUUUUUUUUUCAAUGGUCAAGUACUCUAGAAAUGAAGAUAUUCUCAAUUUCGACACAUUA